AUGGGUAACACUGGAGCAUCAGCAGUCGGAGCCGAACAGCAAUGUCUUCGAGACGUAGACCUCGAGACUGGGGUGGCCUACACCACCGUCUGGCGUGAUAACCGAGUGAUCGCGGAGCCUCAGUAUGCAGCGUUGGUCAAAGGACCAAACUACUUCGCCCCACCCGCCGUUAUGUUUCAUCUUCGUUUCCUCUUCUUGAACGUUUCGACCGUGUUCGGCGGUGAUCCGCAUUUCAGCUUUUUGGUGUACGACGAUCUCUGCGAAGAAGAGCAAAUCCGACCCAAUGACACAGUCAUCGGACCGUCGUUCGUCGCCAGCUACAGUCCUUACUUGGCCUCUCUGGGAGCGGCGGCCUGGGACGUCAUGACGCUCGGCUCUACUGAUGCCUCGGAUCGGACCAACAUCACCACCAUCGUUCUGCCGCUGCAGGCCUGCCCUGGGCCUAACCAACGGAGAGUUUACAACCAAAUCUUCCAAUUGGUAAUGGGAAAAGGUCUUUUGUCUGCUUGCACGACUGCAGCGUUCUUCCACUCGUUUUUCAUCGUCCUUUCUCUAUUUGAGGACCUGGUGUCCACACUAUCAAACAUCGUCUCGUUUUUCACCGUUGUCGUCCUUCUGUUUUUGGCACUGUUUGCAAUUCUUGAGCAGUACCGCAAAUCUCGAUUCCAGGGCAACUUUAUCCUGGUCGUCUUGAUGCAAAUGACUCUCUCAAGCAUCUACAACAUACUGAUAAUGUCUUUCCGUCAAAUAACAUGUGAAGAUGAGGGAGGCAGUACUGCUACUGGAGCCUACCUCUGCUUGGUUAUUGCAAUCUCCAUUGCUUGCGUUCUGUUGGCUGUUGCGAUGAUUAUAAUGAUGGCUGACGGGAAAAACAAGAAGAAGAAAUGUAAAAAUGAUCCUGAAAGUGGGAACACGGCUCAAAAAGUUAAUUCUCCAGUGAGGGACGGAGAAAGGGUGUCUGGGGACGUCCAGUUGGUUCAGAGAGGGGAGAACAGGGCAACGGAUCUGGCUGCGGUUGCCAAGGAGAUGGGGUUCAUUGUCCUCAUUCCUGGGGUGGUCCAGGCCUGGCAGGGAAGAAACAAAAGUGAUGAAGCCACAGUUGCUACGUAG